GAGCGACCCUCUGGCGUCAGCAAUGGGCAUUAUCAUCAACCCACGGCCCGGUUUUUAGCAAAUAACUCACGCGGAUUGACCCGGCUUGCGGGUCAAUUAACAGUGUUUUGUUAAGCAAACUCGCCAAUUAAACCAUGCAGGAAGCUGAAUAUAUCGUGAUGGACGGAGAGAGGAUGAAAAGGAAACUAGAGAAUGAGGAAGAAGAAAGCGAAGAGGAAAAGCUGGAGAAGUUCUAUGCGUUGAUAAGAAGCACAAAGGACGCACAUGAUCGCCUGGCUAACGCUAAAGACAACAAAUCAGAUAAGAAGGAUGAUUUUACAGAGAGGGGUAAGGGUGUCUGGAAGCCUGCGUUUCAACCAGAGGAUUUCACUGAUGAUUACCAGCAAGCCUUCCGAUGCACUCAUCAGUCAUCAAACCAAUCUGCUCCUUCUCCUUCUGGUUCUACAAAGCACGAUGACGUUGUGCAAGUGGCCGAUGAACAACCGCCUCGGGCCACCGCUACGGCACCGCCGCUGCAAAUGGGAGAUGAUGAGAGAGCAAAUGACCGUUUAGACCUAAACCUUUCCUUAUAAUUAUACUCUAUCUAUAUAUUAUACGCGUGGUUUAUUGAGAGGGUGAAUUUGCUUAAUCACCAUAUUAUUAUCUAUGCAUUAUUACUCCAAGUUAUUUAUAUACGUUCUUAUAAUUAAACUGGGCUGUAGUACUGAACUUGAUCUACUUGUUGACGCUGAUACGUGAUUUUGCA